CUUCACUUCCUGCCAGGGAGAAAAACGGAGAUCCUGCUGGAUUGAGCCAGGCCCCAGACACUGAGCGGCCAGAUCUGUCUGGAGAGCCAGGAUGCUCCCUAAAAACUUUCUCCUCUCUCUACUCCUGCUGACAGCAGCCAGAGGCAUUUCCACUGAAGACCAGGAUGCUAUCCAAGUGCAGGAGAAUUUCAAUACCGCUGGGAUCUAUGGCAAAUGGUAUGAAGUGGCAAUAGGCUCCACCUGCAAGUGGUUGAAGAAGUUCAAGGACAGACUCCGCAUGGGCACUUUAGUGCUUGGUGAAGGGGAGACUGGCCACCAGAUCAGCUCCAUCAGCACCAGAUUCAGGAAAGGUAUCUGCGAGCAGGUCUCUGGAGUAUAUGAAAAAACCGACAUAAAUGGAAAGUUCCUCUACCAGAACCCCAGGUGGAACAAGACCAUCCAGUCCUAUGUGGUGCGCACCAAUUACAAUGAAUACGCCAUCUUCCUGAACAAGAAAACUGGCCGCUUCGGACCAUCCACCACAGUAAAGCUGUAUGGUCGGCAGCCAGAGCUGCGUGAGAGCCUCCUGGAGGAGUUCCGGCAGUUCGCCCUGGAGCUGGGCAUCCCUGAGGACUCAAUCUUUACCUCCAUCAGCAAAGGUGACUGUGUUCCUGGGGAAACAGAGCCUGAGUCUCAGCAGAGAACCCGCCGGGCAGCCCUAGCCCCGGAGGAGGCUUCUGGAGGUGGCCCGUUGUCAGCAAUUACCAGUAAAAAAGAAGAUUUCUGCCACCUGAAGCAAGACGAGGGACCCUGCCUGGGUCUGAAGACAAGGUUCUUCUAUAACAGCUCCUCCAUGGCCUGCGAGACCUUUAACUAUGGAGGUUGCCUGGGCAAUGGGAACAACUUCAAAUCUGAAAAGGCCUGUCUUCAGACCUGCCGGACAGAGGCUGCCUGCCGACUGCCCAUCGAGCCUGGACCAUGCCGUGGAAGCUUCCCACUCUGGGCCUUCGACGCUGCCCAGGGGAAGUGCAUCUCGUUCAUCUUUGGCGGAUGCCAAGGCAACGGCAACAAGUUCUACACAGAGAAGGAGUGCAAGGAAUACUGUGGGGUUCCGGGCGAGGGGGACGAGGAGUUACUGCGUUUGUCAAACUGACCUUAGCUCUGGGAACAUCCAGGAGUCCUCGCCUGAGUGAGCCUUGAAAACCGCCCAUUCCAAGUGGGCCUGGUAUCUCUGGGGGGCUGGCAUCUCUCCGGGGAUGGCCCUGGCACAGGAUAAAACACCACUCUGGGAAA